AUCUUAGGGUUUCAAAAUUAAAAAAAAAAAAAAAAAAAAACGAAAAUGGCGGUGCUGAACUGGAAGCACCACACUCUCAUCCAAGUGUUGAUGACGCGCGGCCCACUUAAGGAGAACGAAUUCCAGAAGAUUUUCACCGGCGUCACCGGAAAACACCCACGCUCUUGUGAGCGCGAUUUCAAUGAUUUCCUUCUAAAGAUUAACAAGGAACUUUCCUAUGUUCAAAUGGAGCUUAGGCUUUGCAGAAACCAAAAUGAUGGUGAAGUUUGUUAUGGGCUUGUUAACAAUGUUUCUGAUGAACAAUCUAAGCUUGGAACUAAAUAUUCUGUUCCCCAAAUUGCUCUAUAUAAGGGCGUUAUAGAAGCAAUAGUGCAGGAUGCCACAGCCCAAGGUAGCAUAUCCACAAUUGAUGCUCUCAACAUACGGCUGGAGAGUCAGGUUCAUGGUGGGACAGGAUCACAAUCACAAGGUGGUUUAUCUCAAGUGCCUCCUGCGUUAAGGAAUUUUUCUAUGUCACAGAAAGAAAAAACUCUUGAUGAACUUGUGCGCGAUAAGUGGCUUUGUCACACCCCAGAUGGUCACAUUGGACUAGGUGUCAGAUCCUACCUUGAUUUACGAAGUUUAUUUCAUAAUUCUGGCAUUCCAUCAUGUGAAGUAUGCAAUGAGGCUGCAAUAAAGGCAAAAGUUUGCCAAAAUGAAGGUUGUGCGCUUCGAAUUCAUCAUUACUGCCUGAAGAAAAAACUUUCCCAAAGAAGGGGUAAAAUAGUUUGUCCAACUUGUGGCAUUCAAUGGGAUUGUGAAGUUCCCGAAUGUGAAGCUGUAGAAGGAGAGGAUGAGCCAAAUGAACAAAUUGAGAGCCACCCAUCUGCAGGAUCCAAAAGAAAGAGACAUAAAGCAAACAGAAAUACUGAUGCAGAUACUGUUGGAUGCACCUCAUCUCAAGCAUCACAAUCUGUAUCUGAUUUGAGAAGAGUUACUCGGUCAUCUGCUCGAACAAGGUAAAAGCAACUCAUUAGUGGUGGAAAUUCUUGUAUCUUUUGCUCCAAACUUGUUUGGAUAGAUUUAGCUAAGGGAAAAGCAGCUCUUAUUAGGAAUAUUCUUGUAUAUGUUUGCCCCAAACUUGCUUGGAUAGAUUUGACUAACAAUGGCGGUUAGGUUCUAGUAUACACAAGAUUGCUAUUAACUUCGGAUGCAAGGUAACCAAUGACCAUUAACCAGCAGAAUCGCCAUUAUAUAUUAGAUUAAUGAGUAGAUUCAUAAUUGUUGCAUAUUUUUUUUGUGUAAUUUUUAUUGUUUGGUCUAGAGAUUAUAUGCUGGUUGAAUUUCUCUGUUCAAUUUUCAAGUUCAGAUUAUCAUUUCUUCUAAUCAAGAAGCCAAAUGGCUAAAGAGUGAACAUGGUGCCAUUUUUAGAAGAUUUAUAUUGUGUUUUUAUGAAUUCAUUGGAUUAUUUAGUUUAAA